AUGGAUGAUUUUUAUUCAGAUUCAUUCAACGUAACACAACAUUUUAAGAACCACUGCAAGCAAUGGUUUCAAGGCCAAAGUGUUGGAGACCCACAGUCAGAUUUAGAGUUACUCAAUGCUUCGUCAAAGUAUCUUAAAAACAUACAUUCGUUCCAGAAAGAACAGAUGGGGCAUCUUGAUACGUUCUUUGAUGAGGUAUCAGAUUUCCUCCAAAACAACUCAACAAAGGAGAUUCAGGAUGGAGAUAAAGGCACUGAGCUUUAUUUGCCAGAGAUUGAAGAUGCUUUUAAUGAUAUCUUCCAGGUUAAUAAAGUCAUUGACAGACUCAAGAGUAUCAAGCAGAUAACAGACGAAACGCAGCAUUUUGAAUCAGAACUGAAAAAGAUGGAAGAACUUCUAGAAAAUGAUGGGUCUAUUUAUGAAAUAGAGCAAGUUUUGAUUGCUCUGGUUAGGCAGACCUCUGAAAAAUGCAUUAACUUGCUUCCGAACAAUGAAGUUGAAGAAUCGAAGAAUAGCUCUUUGAUGGAAGAGAAAAGAGAGAAGGUUCAGUAUUAUAAGGAGAAAGUUAAAGCUUAUCUAAACCAAAAAUUUGAUGAUAUCGAGGCAGAAGGUGAUAUUACCUUCAUCCAAACAUCGCUCAGAAUUUACAAACUAAUGGGCAUUGAUCAAGAGUUUCUUCACAAGUAUAUAAAAGCAAAAAUAUUACCAGAGUUUAAUACCUGCUUGUAUGGCUUAGAUGUUAAUAAGGACUCAGGAAGGAAAGUAGGGUAUUUUGAAGGGCUCCAGAAGUAUAUAUAGAACGAAGAGUAGAUAUGCUCUGUGACCUUUUUGGAAAUAAUAUUGAUUAUCUUAUUGUAAUCUUUGAGCAAAUAAGUGAGCGCUUUAUUGAUACCAUCUGUUCUGAUUUCUUAUCUCAUAAGCAAAAGUUUGGGGAUAUUCUUGACAAGCUCACGGGGAUUAAUGACAUAAUGCGUGCUAAGCUGAUUAAUCAGAUUCAAGAUUUUGAGAUGUCUGAUGGGCAAGGCCCGGACCCUAAUGAUUUGGUGAUUAGAGCACAUACGAAGAUGUUCCAAAAUCUUUGCACUGCAUUGCUUGAGGAUUGUACUACAAAGGCAAAGAAACUCAUAGUCGAGCCAGUUGAGAGGGAGGACUUUAGGAUGCACUCUCUUAAUAGCAAAUAUUGGGAGGGAUUAGAUACUGAGCUAAUUGCUCUCACCAACGAAAUUAUUGAAUACGGUUAUGGCUUUGGCCUGGAAAUAUUCUUCAAAGACAUCCAAAAGUUUGUUCAAGAAGCUCUUAAAAAGUUAAUUGAAGAGAUCAAAAAGUCUAGUGAGAAGCAUCAUGGAAGUUAUUCGCUGGAGAAAAUUGUAAUAAAACAAGCGUCUGUAGCCUCUAAAGAAGAGACUAAGCAGAGCAAGACUAAUGACACCUUGGAACCAACAGAUGAGGAGAGAAUGAUAUCUCAGAAAGUGAAAGAGAUGAACUCCUCAGAGAUCAUCCCUGAAAAUAUUACUAGGAUUCAUUAUAUUGAGAAAUUCUUGUAUUCAUGAAAGAAGUAUGAGUCAGAGUUGAUAUCUAUCUUGGAAGGGCUGAAGCCUACAGGACUUCAUAGCUCUCUUAGCAGUUUUCCUAUUUAUUUUGACAUAAAGGAUUGACUGAACUCGAAUGAUUUCUUUCAGAUUUCAAACCUGUAUAACCUGAAAUCUCAGUUUGAGGUGUCACAGACAACUGAUAAGAAGCCAAUAGUUUUUGGUAAGGAGGUGGGUCUUCUUCGAGAUAAGUGCAAAGAUUUUAUUGUCAACUCCUUCGCUCUGAAAUUUCACUAUGAAAUAUACCAUUACGAUGCUCUGAGAGUGUGGAGGGACCAGAAAUUCGAGGAAGAAGAUACCCCAGAUUUUUCAAUGCCUCCAACUGAGAACAUUAGGAAAAUCUCUAACUGUUUUAUCUCGGUAAUUUUGCAAUUCGAUACACCAGAAAUGGAGCAGUUGUCAAACAAGGACCAAAUUUAUACAGACUUUUUCGCGUUUAUUUCACUGCAAGAGGAAGGAAAGGUGAAGAAGAAUCUAAGUCAGUUUUAUGAGAUGAUACAGUUCUGGAUUGGAAUUCUUGGGAACACCACUCUAAAACUACUCAAGCAGAAGAUAGACCAGAUUGAAGCGCUCUCACCGCAAGGAUGCAAUCAGCUCAAGACGGAUUUGGACCAUAUAUUGAAUAUUUUAUGCAAUUUCGAUCUUUCUGAAGGUUUGUUGAAUUAUUUCAGCAGCUGCUUGUUUACGAUUGAGUCAAGGAACAUCAAGAAGAAUCCAAAGGAUAAGACUGAAGCGAACCUCGCUUCGAUCAAUGAAGAUAAGGCAGCAAUAUCUUCUCACUGGAGCUCACAAGGAAUCGCUGUUAGUAAGCAGGUGGAGGUCGACCAAAAUGUGGUCGAUGCUAUUACAAGAAAGAUCAAUAGGUAUAAGCAGAUGAAAGAGGAAAUGGAAGAUGAAGAGGAAGAAUCAGAGGAAGAGAAAUAAAUUCAGAGGGUUAUUAUGACUGCCUUCUUUGGUUUGUAAAAUUCUGAUUAUUGAUAUUUACUAUCUUUUUUGUUUGGAUUUAGGAUGAUAA